CAAAUUCUUCCCAUGAGAUUAUAUUCAAAGGAAGUCAUGAGUUCCAAUCUAAUAUGUAUCAUAAAUCCGUUCUUUAUUUGGGUUUGUAUCAUGUUUCUGUUUGCUAGUAAGAGAUGUUUCAUAAAUUCCGAGAUUCUUAUCUGUCUCCGAAUGCGCGAGGCUGCCGAGAAGCGGGGCGGGGAGCAGAGCUGCGGCGUUGUUUCUCCAGGGAGCGGUCGAUUCCCGGCUCUUCCGACGAGGAAGAAACGUAAGCCCUUAUGAGUAUUCUGGAUGCGUGUGGUAAUGAAGAAAUCAAAAUACAGGUGAAGGACUGGAAGCCAAAUAUAUUGUCAAAUAUUGGACAAGGGAUGUUUUCUGCUGAUCGAUUUAGCCCUGCAUGUCAUUCGAGUGGUUCUUGUGCUCCACUGGGCAUGCAAUUCUGGAGUGCUGGGGAUUAUGAAGUUCAACAAUUUGUUGGACCAGCAUCUCAUAAUAAUCAAAAUCGUCUGUGUGUUCAUCCCAAAUUUCUCCAUUCCAAUGCUACUUCACAUAAGUGGGUCUUUGGAGCUAUUGCAGAACUUCUUGAUAAUGUGGUUGAUGAGAUAUGCAAUGGGGCUACUUUUGUCAAACUGGACAAAAUUAUUAAUCAACGAAGUGGCAGCCCUGCUUUGCUGAUUCAAGAUGAUGGAGGUGGAAUGGAUCCAGAAUCCUUGAGACGCUGCAUGAGUUUUGGAUUUUCUGAUAAACAAUCAUGUUCAACCAUCGGACAAUAUGGAAAUGGUUUCAAGACUAGCACAAUGAGACUUGGAGCAGAUGUGAUUGUUUUCAGCCGCUGCAUGAAUAAAAGGGUGUUAACCCAGAGUAUUGGACUCCUUUCUUACACUUUUUUGAGGCAAGAAGGUUACAAUGAUGUUGUAGUGCCAGCAGUGGAUUACUACUUUGAUCCAUCCAAGGGUGUAUUUACAAAUAUACUUCGAAAUGGUCAAAAGCAAUUUUCCUCCAAUUUGUCGAUGCUGUUGAAAUGGUCCCCUUUCCUGACAGAAACUGAGCUGCUAAAGAAUUUUGAUGACAUUGGACAUAACGGCACAAAAAUAAUCAUAUACAACUUAUGGUUUAAUGACAUGGGAAACAUGGAACUUGAUUUUGAAUCUGAUGAAAAGGAUAUAAUUGUAAGUGGAGCACCAAAGCAGGUGGAAACAAACAACAUUUCAGUGACACUAACACAAAACCAUAUAGCAACUAGACUUUGUUUUUCUCUUCGAGCAUACUCCUCCAUUUUGUAUUUGCACACACCGGAAUAUUUCAGAAUUAUUUUACGCGGGCAGGAAGUUGAGCAUCAUAGUAUAGCCAGGGAUCUCAAAUUCUGCGAAUGUAUCAAGUAUAAACCACAAGUUGGAGGAAGAAUAGAGGGUGAGGUUAUCACUACCAUUGGCUUCUUGAAAGAGGCUCCACUUGUCAAUGUUCAUGGAUUUAAUAUCUACCACAAGAACCGUCUAAUCUUGCCAUUUUUCCAAGUGGCAUGCACAUCAGGCAGUUGGGGUAGAGGAGUUGUUGGUGUACUUGAGGCGAACUUUAUCAAACCUACACACGAUAAGCAAGGUUUUGAAAAAUCAAGUCUAUUUACAAAACUUGAGACCCGAUUGAAAGAAAUGACAUAUGAGUACUGGGAGUAUCAUAGCCAUUUGGUUGGUUAUACAAAGAAAAUUUCCCAUUCAACAGCACCUCUGGCUGUUGUUCCUUUCCCACUGCCUCUUUCCUCAGGAUGCAACAUUAGACCCAUCCCAGUAAACCCUGAAUUUUUAACAGACACAAGGAGGAAGUCCUCUCAUACACUGCAAGGCAUUUCAGCUAUGGGUACAUCGCAUUCCCCCAAAGAAGCCAUUCCUGGACAACUUGGUACCAAGCACAACGCAAGUUUUAUAGAAGGACUGACGAGAAAAAGAGGAUAUGAAGAUUUUAAUGCUGCAAGGGAACCUCUUAAAAGACAAGCAAUGAUGUGCAGUACUAGAGAAAAAGCUGGAGAGCAAAAGAAAGGAGGGCAAACCAAUUACAAGCCUGAGUGGAGUAAUUGUGAGAGGCAGUGUCAUGUUCAACAGGUGAAAACCAUGAUGCAAGAAAACAAUAAGUUACGCAAAGAGUGCUUGGAGCAGGAAAAGAUACAGGAAGGGCUGUUGCUCAAGGUAACAAGAAAGAUGAAAAAUACUCAUUCUCAAUUAUGCUAAUACCAAUUUAGAGCCGAUCGGCAUCCGUGGCGUGGCUUCUUGGAAACCAGUCCCGGAAGAUCUCAAGGACAUGAUCUAUCCCUUUCCAGGUGCAUUUUACUACUCUGCUUCUAAUAACCUUUGCCUGAUCUCUUCUGCAUUUGAUAUUUUACUUACACUGCAUAACAUGUAAACAUUAACAAUGAGUCAAGUGCUGAUCAUAAACAUGCAUCAAAUAGAAGUAAUGAAAAAAAAAAUCAGAAAAUCAAUUUCACAGCAUAUCAUCUUAGUCGAUGAGUUGCCAAAGCUAU